CGUAUAAGAUAAAGCAGCUGCCAUUUUAAGUGAUGGUUUUAAUUUGCAGAUUUCAUUUGUUGACAACACACAGUACACACGCUGGCACUGGACGGAACCGGUUUUUGUUGGCGGACAUGCAGCCGUGUAAAAGCGAUUCCUUUAGGUUCCAUAGAAAUACAGAAGCAACGUCGUCCGGUUCUUCAACAGAAAGUUCAAGCGGUCAGCGUUGUAGAAGGAGGCUUAGAGAAAAAUUCGAUGAGUCUAGGACUCAAGGGACUAGGGCUGGUGAGAGAAGGGUGCUUUCGGUUCUAUCUUUAAAUGAUAAUACUCGACGGGUUUUGAGAAGCAGCGCCGAGAGGUUGAGUAAAACGUUCAAUUCUGUUAGAACUACCCUCGGUACACUCUCGCAGCGAUUUAAAACAUCUACCAAACGGAGGCAGAUCCUUCAAGAAGGACCAAUGACUCCAAACCCUCAAACGCCUUAUAGUUUUUCAAAACAAAUAUUAGGCAGAACCCCUACCAAACUUUACAGCCCAUUUGGUAUUGAUAGCCCAUAUAAUAAUGCGACUACUAUAGAUAAAGAAAAUUUACAUCCAAAUUCAUUGUCUUUAAUCAAAUUGCGCCAGUAGGGAAUUGGGUAAAUUGAAAUGGUAUUGUUAGUUACUUAAGUAUUUAUUGGAACUGUUUGUGAUGUUUUUUAUUAUGAAAAGCAUCUUUAUAUUCACUUCUAAGUUUCCAAUGUAUUUAUUUUGUUUAGUAUGUAAUGAAAUCAAUGGGAGAUUAGUACAAGUUUAACUAUUGUCUUUUUGAAU